GACGCGUCACACAAACACACUUUCAGCUUAACCCCACCCAAAUGGUACCCCACGCUUUGACUUUGGCGGCUGCCAGAGCAACGAUUUCUUCUGCGUCUAAAUACAUCGGGAAAAGGAGUUUUUAUCCCUAUGCGUCGCCCUACCUACCACAUGGUUCAAGCUCAUAUUUGAACCCAAUGGCGCAAGGAUUGGUGCCCAUUGUCAUUGAGCAGACCGGACGCGGGGAACGCUCAUAUGAUAUAUACUCUCGCCUGUUGCGUGAAAGAGUGAUCAUGCUCUAUGGCCCUAUUCACGAUGCUGUCUCAGCAUUAAUAGUCGCACAAUUGCUCUUCCUGGAGGCUGAAGAGACUCACAAGCCUAUACAUUUAUAUGUAAACAGCCCUGGCGGGAGCGUCACGGCGGGAAUGGCGAUUUAUGACACUAUGCAGUACGUAUCAUCUCCAAUUCAUACAUAUUGUGUUGGGCAGGCGUGCUCGAUGGGCAGCCUAAUCCUUGCCGCUGGUGCGAGGGGCCAUCGCCAAUCACUCCCAAAUUCCAACGUAAUGAUACAUCAACCAUCCGGCGGAGCGACUGGGCAGGCUUCGGAUAUAGCAAUUCAUGCUAAAGAAAUCCUCCGCUGGAGAAGUCGUCUUACCGACAUCUACGUUCGUCAUUGUCGCAGAGGCGUGGCAACAGAUGCAGUAAGCGAUGAGACGGCAGAAGCGGCAUCAAAGCGCUUUGAAAUAGCACUGGAGAGAGACUACUUUAUGACUGCGGAAGAAGCUCUCGAUUUUGGAAUCAUUGAUAAAAUCGUAGAGAACCGUCCAAACCAAGUUUCCCAAACUCCCGAUUAAGAGGCCAAAGAAACAGCCAUCUAACCCAGCCAUACUUUUCCUUACGAUAUCAUUCUAUUCUUCGAUGAA